AUGCCCAUCGAGCUAGGAGACGCCUAUCUCGCGCGAGUCCGGUACGGGGACUCAGCCUCCAACUGCAACUCCAACUCCAACUCCAAAAACCACGACCCAUGGACCCAACCAAACCAGCGCCUCAAUAGACCCCUCUUCAUCACGCGGGCGUGUGAAUACGAGAAAAUCCAACACCCCACUAGCACGAUCCUCUCCGGUGCACCAUGCCAGAACGUGGAGACCGAACACAUGCGGUCGGAGCUAUUGUCCGAGCAUAUCCUUGCUCAAACCCGAGGGAGCACAGGGGCAGCAGAACCCGCGCACAAGAACAUGUUUACCUGGGACGGGAACCCAUUCAUCCAUUGCACCAGCCGGCCAUUCGAAGUGCGCUGUCGUGUGCGUGACUGGUCCCAGAAGACCGUUACCGUCAUUAAUCCGAAUGUUCGGAGAGCUGUUCAGUUGCCCACGCUUUCCCUCGGGGAUGAACUUGAAAGCCGUUCCCUUGGCCGACCGGCCAGCAAUUAUGAGUUCGUGGGGGAGUAUCUCUGUCUGUGGGAGGUCACCCCGGAUGAGAUCGUGGGACAUUGGAGGGCGACGGACCUGGUUGGUCUUCAUGCGUGGUAUACGCGGGCUGUGAUGCCUGCGUUUCGGGAGCAUGAUGAGAGGUAUUUUGCUGCUCAUCCCGAGAGACAGGAAUCGCGUGUUGCUCGUGUCUCCUCUUGGAGAAGGGCAGACAGCCCUAGCGAUGUGCUGGAGAGGCCCAAGUAUGGGGAUUCUGACACAGAAGGAAAGGUCUCAGAUUAA